AUGGCUUUCAAACCCACCUAUCUUAAUAUGAAUGCCAAUCUGGAAUUGUUAAGUAUCUCUGAUCUCCUCAUUGAUAAUGCUUGGAAUAUGAACUUGUUACAUGAUAUGUUUGGAGAUUUUCUUAACUUUGAUUAUCUCACUCCUGACAAAUCUAGCCACUGUGAUGGUAAUUGGUGGGUUUGGUAUCCUAAAUCCAAAAAUCACAGGUUAACCUUCAUGGUCUAUACCCAUUUCAAUGGGGCGGUUAAUAAUAUAGAUCCCUGGGUUGGCUGGCGAUUUUUAUGGCGUCUUAAAAUUGCUUCUCGACCCAAACAUUUCUUCUGGCUACUCCUCCAUAAUGGGAUCAAAACAUAUGAUUACCUUCUGAUUGAAUCGGGUCCUCAAUCUCUUUGCGAUUUUUGCGAUCUUGAUUUCGAGCUAGCUGAGCAUCUCUUCGACUCUUGCCCCAAAGCUCAAACGACCUGGUUCUUGAUUAGCAACUUCAUUGGCAAGCAAAUUCAUUUUCAUGAUGGUUUCUCUAAUGGAAACUGGCUCUGCCCUUCCAACCCUGAUCUCAAUAUCUUUGACCAAUCGAUUAUUGUUGCUACUGCUUGGCUUCUGUGGAAAGCUAGAUGCAAUCUCAUCUUCCAAUUUGAAGUCCCCGAUUUUAACUCCAUCGCGAUCCGGGCUAUUAAUCACGUUAGGGAGUACUCUCACUCUUAUCCUUCUCAAUCUGCUAUCUUCACCACGCCUUCUGAUUGGUUAUCUGCUGCAUCCAGUUUGGCCCUCCUUGAUUGUUUGCCACCUCACUCUAAUGCUGCUGCUGGUGUCUCUUCUUCGGACUUGCUCUUUGCUUCAUCUCUCGGGACGCUGGACUUGUCUCUUCCCUCUGUUUCUCUCACUAGGAAACUCUACUCUGAGAGCAACGCACAGAGGCCGGCAAGGGAGGGUCUGGACCUGGCAUCCUCCUCUGAUGGAUCCGCCACCUGCUCUGGUUUCGAGGAUGGCAGAAAUAGUGAUGACAGAAAGGGGAAGGAUGGCAACAUGUGUCGCUAUAGAUGCCAGCUUGAACAAGAGGUUCAAAAGUUGCAAAUGCAGCUGCAACAAGAGUUCGAUUUGCAUGUUGUUUUAGCCGAUGCUGUCGGAAAAGAAACCUUGCCCAUGGUGAACUCUCCUUCAAAUCUUCCAAAUAAGGCUCAGGAGCUCCUUGCUAACAUAGCUGCACUAGAGUUCACAGUGUCAAAUCUUAUUAUUUUACCGGUGGUAUCACCAAAACCACAAGUCUGGCCUUCCUGGCUAUACAUGGAAGAGCACCUCUCUUCUUUGCAACACUCAAAGUUUAACGAGUCUCAAAUGCUUCAAUCCACUGAAUCGGAUAUAUGUGCUGCUUGUCGGCAUCCACAGGAAAUAACAACCAACUCAGAUUGUAAUUUGCCUGUACCAUGUGGUGUGGAAACUGGAAGAAAUAUGAUGGAUGUCCCCCCUCAGCAAACUGGUUUGACAGAAUUGAAACAGAGCUUCUUAACAAACCUGUGGCAGAAUCCCAAUCGACUUUCGGAAGAAAUGGUGCGAUGCAUGAGGAAUGUUUUUCUUUGCUUAUCAAAGUCAUCAUCACCUAUCCCUUUUAUGGCAACAUCUGCUCCAGAAUGUAUACCUUCCCCAUAUUCACCAAUUGCAAACCUUCCUACUUCACUGGUAUCUUCCUCAGAUUCAUCUGAAAUGGCUUCAUCAGUUUGCAGUCCAGGAUUCAAGAUGAACGAGAUUCGUGAGACAUGGACUCCACAAAAAACAUUUGAUCCCUAUCAAGUUAGUGGAAAGAUGAGCUGGAAAAAUGCUGGAAGCUAUAGUUUAGCAGCUGAGGUAUCAUGGAUGUGUGUAGGGAAGACGCAACUUGAAUAUGCUGCAGAGGCUUUAAAAGGAUUCAGGUUUCUUGUGGAGCAACUAGCCAAAGUAAAUCCAAGUUGCAUGAGCGCCAAUGAGAGGCUAGCAUUUUGGAUCAACUUAUAUAAUACUCUGAUCAUGCACGCUUAUCUAGCAUAUGGAGUACCUAAGAGUGACAUGAAGCUCUUUUCGCUAAUGCAGAAGGUGUCUUAUACUAUUGGAGGCUGCUCUUUCAGUGCUGCUGAAAUAGAAUUUGUUAUUCUGAAGAUGAAACCCCCAGCUUAUCGGCCACAAAUAGCGCUGAUUUUGGCACUUCACAAGUUCAAAAAUAUCUGA